UAUUAUUAUAAAGUGGUUUGGCGUUAAACAGUCUUAUGGGGACCCCAAAGGGGCUGAGCGCUGACCAGGAGCGGAGGAGGAAGAUGAUGGAGGAAGAGGAGAUGAUGACGAUGGAGCCGGCCGGACCCUCGGCACAGACGGAGCCUGCGCCUGUCCGCAGGUUUGCUUGCGGCGAGUGUGACCGGAGUUUCGGACGAGCGUGCGACCUGAAGCGUCACGGCCGGGUCCACACCGGCGAGAGACGUUUCGAGUGCACCGAUUGUGGGAAGGGAUUCGGGACGUCCUACAACCUGCUCCGUCAUCGGCUGGUGCACACGGGCGACCGGCAGUACCGGUGCGAGGAUUGCGGCCGCGAGUUCGUGCAGUCUCACCACCUGGCCACGCACCGGCGGACGCACACCGGGGAGAAGCCCUUUCCCUGUGCUGUGUGCGGGCGCCGGUUCAGCCAGAGCUCCUCGGCGCUGGUCCACCGUCGCACGCACGGCACCGACCGCCCUUACGUCUGCCCGCACUGUGGUAAAACCUUCAAGACCUCCUCCGACCUCUGCAAACACCGGCGGGUCCACGGCGCCGAGCGGCGCUUUGUCUGUGCCGAAUGCGGCCGGGACUUCCUCCACUCGCAUCACCUGGCGGCUCACACCCGCACGCACGUCCCUCGGCACCCCUGCCCUCUCUGCCAGCAGCGUUUCCUGCGGUUACCGGAGCUGGAGGAGCACCUGCGGGGCUCUCACCCCGAGGCCCGGCUCAGCUCGUGUCCUGGUUGCGCCGAGAGCUUCACAGGCGACGAGGAAUUGGCACGACAUUGCCGGGAAACGGGGCACGGAGAGGCACCAAGCGGGGACGAGGUCCUACGCUGCGAGACGUGCGGGAAAGCAUUCAAGCUGCGCAGGUUCCUGGAAACUCAUCGCCGCCGCCACGGUGACGGUCUCCGGCCUCACCGCUGCCGGGAAUGCGGGAAGGAAUUCCGACAAUACACCUCGUUGGCCAAACACCGGCUCCUGCACGCAGAUCGCCCACCCUAUCUCUGUGGCGUCUGCCACAAGACCUUCCGCUUCCCGCAUAACCUGGCCAUCCACGAGCGCACGCACACAGCCGAGAGACCACACCUGUGUUCCGUGUGUGGCCGCAGGUUUAACCAACGCUCCACACUGGUCAGGCACCAGCUCACACACACAGGGGAGAGACCCUUCGCUUGUCCCGACUGCGGGAAAGCUUUCCGUCAGUCUGCAGCCGUACUCGUUCACCGACGCACUCACUCCCAGGACAGACCCUAUCGCUGUGCGCAGUGUGGGAAGGGAUUCAAGAGCAAAUCGAACCUUAUUGGUCAUGGGAGAGUACACACUCGCUAACUCCCAACCCCUAACCCCUCUCUGCGUACGAGAGAGAGCUGAGAGAGGGGGGGACUCAAAGGAUGUGUGAGACUAUAUGUGAGAGACAGAGAGAGUGCAAGAGCGUGUGU